AUGCACAAAGGCGUCGCCCUCUCCUUUGAAAUGACUGCUCAGAUCCUGGCAGUGUCCUGGGACUGGGGCGACCAGACUGGGUGGUCAUUAGCUCAAGGCCCAGCGUCCGGGUCCUCCUUGGUCUCAGCUUUUCUGUUGGUGACAGGAGGGAUUGACAUCAGAGCUUGCGCUCCCUUUGUGCCUACUGAAGAGAGGUCAUGUAAGGACACGGGGAGAAGCAACUGUAUCCAAGCCAGGAGCAGAGGCCACAGAAACAACCCUGACAGCACCUUGACCUUGGCCUUCUGUCCCCCAGAACUGGACAAGCUCAGUGGAAACAAGGCCCGGUUGGGGCCACCCCUCCCACCUGCCAGAUGUAUGGAUGUCCCAGUGUGGAGAGAAGACACUCCCAGGCCAUCUCCCCUGCCUGGCCCAGAGACUUGGAGACACAGGCAGCCCUUCCUGAAGGCCCAGGAUGAGGAUGAGGAUGAAGAUGAAGAUGAGGAUAAAUAUGAGCUGCCCCCGUGUGAGGCUCUGCCUCUCAGUCUGGCCCUUGCGCACCCUCCUGGCACAAAGGAGGACUUGUAUCUGGACCGCUCUGGCCCCCUGGGCCCCUCUAAGCCACCUCUCCCUCAGCCCUCCAUCAGCCCCACCCCAGGCUAUCCUUUCCCGCUGAAGGCAACCAUGAACCUGCAGGUGGGCACAAAGCAGGGACCUGUCUUUGGAAGGCGAGGACAAGGUGCACCGGCUAGAGUGGUGCCAGGCCUUACAAAGAAACGUGAUGAGGACAUCUACCUGGAGUGUGAGCCUGAUCCAGGCGAAGGCUACCUACCUGGGAGGGGCGGAAGGGAAGCCCAGAGUAGGACUUCAGUCCAGGCCUUGACUAGGACUCUGAGCUCUCAAGUUCUGAUACCCCCAGUUCCUCUGCCAAGGACAUCUUUGGUGCCCAGGCCCACCACAGCUCCCCAGGAAGCCUGGAACGGAGCUGUGGACGCCACAUCCAAAGCAGGAAGAAGACCAUCGGUUCCCUCCAUAGCCACACCCUCCUCUGCUGAGGAUGGCAGCCUGCUGGGCCAACCUUGGUAUUCAGGGCACUGUGACCGUCAUACUGUUGAGAGAACCCUGCUCCAUUUCCAGAAGGACGGAGCCUACACUGUUCGCCUCAGCUCUGGGCCUUAUGGCUCCCAGCCCUUCACCCUGGCAGUGCUCCUCCGAGGCCGGGUCUUCAACAUUCCCAUCCGGCAGCUGGAUGGCGGGCACCACUAUGCCCUGGGCAAGGAGGGCAGGAACCCUAAGGAGCUCUUCUCCUCUGUGACUGCCAUGGUCCAGCACUAUUCGAAGCACCCCCUUCCCCUGGUGGACAGACACAGUGGCAGCCGGGGCCUGACCUGCCUGCUCUUCCCCACCAAGCCAUAGGGCCACCGUGACACACGCCCACCUCUGGCCCACAUUAUGGAUCUUUUCCUUUUCUGUUUUUGUUUGUUCUGAGAGUCUUGUGUA